AUGGCAGCAGGACUCUCCUUCACCCUCUCGCCCGCCUCGCGAGCAACCAAGCGAGUAAUGGAGCAGCGGAAUGACAGGCGCACGUCCGUGGAAUCAACCUCCCGCCGCUCGAGCGUGGCGGAUAUCCCAGUGGUGGAGAUUGUUCCCUACUUGAGGGAUCCUUCCGAGAGAUGGACAUGUGCGAACAGGAUCGGUUGA